AUGCGUCCACAUACGCCCAUAAUCAACACUGCUAGGACGGAGCCUAAUGUGACCUCUCCGCCAGAGACGCCAACCACCACUGGUUCUCCCAGUUUCAAUCGCAAAUUCGGCGCCGCUUCUGUCGAUCCGAAGCAUGGCCGCGGGAGAUUACGGCACUCGAGCAUCCCGCCAUUAGGCGGUGUGGGCUCCCAGUUUAACAACCACACUCUCGGCAUCAGGCCAGAAGACAUCUCCCCACGAUCUUCCAAGUCCUCUGACGACGAGUCAGAAAAGUCUGCGAGCCCGUCGCACUCACCACGGCCAAAUAUUUACGGCACCGGCUUCUCUCAAUUCAUCAGCACAAGUAGUACACAUGCGCAUACCUCCACUGUCGUCGUCGAAGCUGCCUUUGAGAUUGAAGAGUGCAGCGAUGAAGACGAGGACGCCAUGGACAGUGGUGAUGAGUAUGAAGACGUUCGGCGACCUGACAGCUACGAAUACCCAGAUUCGGAUCGGGGCAGCAGCCGCCCGCAUUCCCGGUCUGCGCUGCACGAAGUCGACUCAAAACUCAUGGACAGCUUCCUAGACCUCAAGACCUGCUACUCUUCUGAUGAUGACUCGGAGCUGGAACUUGACGAAUUUGAGAUCAAAAAGAGAGCCCUACGUCAGGAGAAACGAUUGAGACGAAUGACGUCUGGCAGCAUUGGCAAGCGCACAGUUAGUGAGCGAGGCAGUGACUCGGACCGGGAGGAUCUUCAGCCCUGGGACACUGGCGACAGUAGUCUAAGGCGUCUAAGACGCAAGGUCAACCGACGAAGCCUCUUGUCCGAUAUCAUUAUUGAGCUCAAGGAGCCAAACAGCGAUGGCGAAGUCGUCUGGGACGAAGACGAGAUCAACCUAGCCCGAGAGUUGCCUUUCUGGACCAUGGAAGUUGACUCUGACUAG